UAAUUAAUUUAUAUGCACAACAAUGAUUAUUGUUAAUAUUCAAGUGAUACUGUUAAUGUUAUCUAAAUAAGAUAAUAUUCCAUAAAACAAAUCUUAUAUAAAUAGCUGCUACUGGUGCAGAUCAAAUAUAAAUUCUGAACAGGUGUUCGUCAAAGCAACAAAACAAGAAAACAAUAUGAAGUUCUUCGUAGUAUUCGCUCUCUUUGUAGCUUUCGUGGCUUUGGUGCAAGCGGCUCCAGUAGACGAGGAGUACAGCAUGUCGGGUCUGUCGGGCGAGGUGACGGAGGCGGUGGAGGUGUUCGGCAGCGCGCGGCAGCGGAUCUGCACGGCGGCGCUGUGCCGCGCGGUGUGCCAGUCGCUGGGCUUCCCACGCGGCAGCUGCAACGCGCAGCUCCUCUGCGUCUGCAGACGUUGAUUAUUUUCAUAUAUUUAUCAUUAAAAUUGUAGCAGGA